AUGCGCGAUCCGAGUCCGACUCCACCUCUCCCUCCCUACGGUCAAUUGUUUAUUAUCGGAAUAUGGGUAGAGAGUGUUUUGUACGCUGCUGUGUUUAUUCUUGUGAGGAGAUACCAAGCGGGAAAGUCCUCUGCGAGGCUCCUGCUUGCAACUUCUACAGUGUUAUUUUCACUGUCAACAGCGUAUGUUUCAAUCUCGUGCCGUGAACUGCUUGAAGCAUAUGUUUGGGGUCCUCCUGGUGGAGCAAAUUUAUAUUUUGCCGAUGCCUCUCAACAUUACUCUGGAGUGAAACUGAGUCUAGCUCUGGUCAAUAUUUUCAUUCAAGAUGUAAUAUUGCAGAUUUGGCGAAUGUGGGUUGUCUAUAAUAACAAAUGGACAAUCAUUAUACUUCCAAUUCUAGGAGAGAUCGGCCAUGUUGCUGCUGGAAUAUCCAGUAUUCACUCUAUUCUGCUUUGCAAUGCCACAGUAUCUGACCCCGCAGUUCCAAGCCUUGUGGUAUACUGGGGUCUAGAUUUUGUCAUCAACAUCGGAGUGACUGGAUGUAUUAUUCACAAAUUAUGGAGCGCAGGCCGCACCAUCAAGGGAUUCAAAAUUGCACAGGACACACAUCAUCCAUAUUUGAGUGUCAUAUUCAUCAUUGUGGAGUCUGGGGGAAUACUGGCAAUGGCAACAUUGAUUACAAUUUGUCUAUAUCUAUCUAGAAACCCAGCCGCUGCACCAGCUAUUGAUUCAAUUGUUCAAUUCGCGGUAAAUUGA